AUGUCUCCUGGGACCAGCGAAGAUGGCACGGACAGCGACGCCGCCUCGCCGCCCACCAAAGACGCCGCCGUAUCCGCCGCCCAGCCGAUCGAAGCCGCGCCGGAGGCUGGGCCCUCCUCGCCCAGGAACAAAGAUGCGGCCGCAGAAGCGCCAGCGGCUGACCCGGAGCCACAAAACGCGGUGGGCGGCGUCCGGGGUACAGUGCUGGAGCGCCACGGAUACACCGUUGGCAGGAGCAUCGGCUCUGGGUCCUACGCCACCGUCAAGAUCGCCCACUCUGACAGGCAUGAUCGUGAAGUCGCCAUAAAAAUUGUAUCCAAGUUCCGCGCGCCGAAGGAUUAUCUGAGAAAGUUUCUGCCGAGAGAAAUCGAAGUUGUCAAGGGGCUCAGACACAAAAAUCUCAUCCGCUUCUACCAAGCUAUCGAAACAACUCACAGGGUGUACAUCGUGAUGGAGUACGCGCCGAACGGCAGCCUGCUGGAGGUGAUCCGCAGGGAGAGCUACAUCAAGGAGCCGCGGGCCCGAGUCUGGUUCCGCCAGCUGGUCGACGCGGUCGAGUACUGCCACAACCAGGGAGUCGUGCACAGGGACAUCAAGUGCGAGAACCUGCUACUGGACGAGGAGAUGAACGUCCGCCUGUCGGACUUUGGUUUCGCGCGCGGCCGCAUGAAGGCGCGCGACCGCCAGCCGCCGCCCAUGAGCGAGACCUUCUGCGGCAGCUACGCCUACGCCGCCCCCGAGAUCCUCCGCGGCACGCCCUACCGCCCCCAGCUGUCUGACAUCUGGUCCAUGGGCGUCGUGCUCUACGCCAUGAUCUACGGCCGCCUGCCCUUCGACGACUCCAACUACACCCAGCUGCUCAAGCAAGUGCAGAGCAAGGUGAUGUUCCCGCGGCAGCCGCGGGCGUCGGCGGCGGUGCGGUCGCUCAUCACGCGCAUCUUGUCGCCCGCCAGGACGCGCCUGCGCAUCCCGGACAUCCGCGCAGACGUCUGGAUGGCCCCUGGAACGGACGACGCGGCCGCCCAGCAGAUCAGCCUCUGGUACAGGUUCUGA